AGAAAAGCGAAUAGUAUAGAAUAAUAUAAAACGAAUUAAAAGUGAAGAAUCGUUAAACAUGAAGAAUUACAUAUCAGACAUAAUGAAGCGGAGGUGUCACAAACGAAACACUAUGACGGAAAUGAUGCGGGCAGUCAAAGGAAGAAGAGAAAUAAGAGCCGGGUCAGGAGACUGAGUAAGGCGCCCGAGAGAAGAACAGCACGCGAAUAAGAGACAAGAGUGAAAGAUAUAAAAGAGAGAGAGAGAGAGAGAGAGUGGAGUGAGGGGAAACAGCGCGCGCCGAGGCAGGAAAGAGAACGUAAGAGCCGCAACGCGAAAGAAGACAAACCCGACGAGAGUAAAAGAAGAAUCCCCCCCCCCAUUCGCGCGCCGCCGGUACGUUCCAGUCGUACUGUCCUCAGGCUCUCCGCGCGUCUGCGUCUGGUUGUCCCUCUGUGUUGGUAGCCCCCGGAACCGUCCUCGUCGGCGUAGUCGUCGUCGUCGUCGUCGUCGUCGUCGUCUACCACGUCGGUGGCAGAGGUUGGCAAAUAGUGGGGGAUGCGGGGGGCGGUUGGCCAAACCGCCGCCACCCGGAGGGAAGGUUUGAAAGGCGUAGACAGUGUUAGCCUGCCGUCCAAUAGCGAGAACAGCCGCCCUGGUGGCUCCGCCAACCGGAUAGUCGGUUGUGCGCACAGAACGCCCAUCCUCCCCGUUUGUCGGGCUCCCACUGAUGUUUUUAUUUAUUACAUCUGUGACUGGGUAGGGAAAUACUCCCGACUCGACCGAGAGAGCGUUUGCUACUUUGAGAACGAGCGACGCGCGUCCCUGCGAGUUACCGCGGCAGCCGCCUCCGUCGUCAUCGUCGCCGCCGCCGCCACCACCGCCGUUGUCGUCGUCGUCGUCAUCCUCGCUGUCAUCUCAUCAUUGACAUUAUCACAGUCAUAUCUCGUAUACACGGUUCUCUCAUAUUUUCGCGUGUCUUUUAUCCCGGUAUAAUCGUCGUGGUGUAGCCGUUUUUCGUUUAUUGUGAUAUCAAGACAUCAUCGUCGUGAGCUAGUGAACAAGUUGCUACAUCUCGCUGAUAAACUCAGUGCCGAGGACUGUUGUUGUUCACGCAAUAACUGUCGUCGUUAUCGUCGUCGUCGUCGUCGUCGUUGUUGUUGUUGAAAGCGAGCUAUCGAGUUUUCGCGAUGGAUCGAUAAAAAUCAGAUAUCCGCGUAGUGGACUAAAAAAUUGUUAUGGACACAGAGGUUUACGUGCGUGUGAGGAUUGAAGAAAUCGUGCGGUUUGACUUGUGCCGAGACGCGCAACGCUUACUUGCAGUGAUAAGCGGGGCACGUUUGAAGAGUGCUAGUAUAGCGCAAUUUUAAAAUCGUAAAUCAAUUUGCGGAACACGUUAAUUGUCAUCGAAGAAAGCUUACAAAGAGGAUCGGAAGAAACAUGCUUUAACAUGCAUUGAAACGAUUCACGCUGCAACGUUCGAUAGUCGCACCGCGAUAUUCGCCAACGGGCGAACACAGUGACGACAUUGAACGUCAGAGACACGGACCGUAUCGCUGGCGACAAGGACGUGUCUCGUUGUCUCUACGAGGAAGAACCGGGACGCGCGUUUCCGAUCCUCCAUGGAUCACGGAGCGAUGGACAGCUCUUCCGAUCACAGCAGCCGUGCCAGUCCCGUAACCGGCAGUCCGAAACAUCCGCACAGCCCGUCGACGCAGCAGAGUCAGCAACAGCAGCUCCACGGCAAUCAGCAUCAAGCGCCGCCGUCUCAUCAGCAGUCGCACGGGCGCGAUCAGAUCCGCGAUCAUCAACAGCAGCAGCAGCAUCGCGGUGUACCGACACCGGGAUCGCCCACGAGAGGUUCGCCACCUCAGGGUCUUCCUCUGAGUCCACCGCCGUUGUCGGCCGGAGGUGGACCUGGGGCACCGCCGGGAAUGGUCCCUCGUAUGCCGGGAUUACCGCCGCCGGGACUGGGACUACUGGGCCAGCUCGGCGGUAUGCUGAGCGGUCACCAUGGCUCGCCGUUGGAGCUGAUGGCGGCUCAUCACGCGGUUUUACCGCCACGAUCAUACAACAGCCCGCCGCCGAUCAGUACUAGCGAUCCUACCGCUAACGAGUGCAAGUUGGUCGAUUAUCGCGGCCAGAAGGUCGCGGCGUUUAUUAUCGCCGGCGACACGAUGCUCUGUCUGCCUCAGGCCUUCGAGCUAUUUCUCAAACAUCUCGUGGGCGGCCUUCACACAGUCUACACCAAGCUCAAGCGGCUGGAUAUCGUACCGUUGGUGUGUAACGUCGAGCAAGUUAGAAUCUUACGUGGUCUCGGAGCCAUUCAACCCGGCGUCAAUCGGUGCAAGCUGCUCAGCUGCAAGGACUUCGACGUUCUUUACAGGGACUGCACCACGGCCAGAUCAACUUGGUAUUCUUCGACUCCGUCGUUGCGCAUUACAUCGUACCGCUCCAGGCCAGGAAGACCCCCAAAGCGAGCUUCCGUUGGACUGAGCCUCGCGGCCAGCCACCUAGCCGCGGCGGCUGGCCAUCAUCCUCAACACUCCCUGAAGAAGCACAGGAUGGACAACGGCGAUUAUUACGAGAACGGACACCUCGACGUACCGAGGAUGGAGAAGUCACCGCUUCUGGCGAACGGAUACAAUCAUCCACCCACGCACCUGAGCCACAUGCAGUUCAUGCAACUCGGCGGACACCCAGGUGCGGGACACACCGCCAUCCUGUCACCGGCCAGUCUGCCUCAUCACCUGCAGGCGCAGGCGCAGGCUCGUGCCGAGCAAGGUCUCAAGGUCAACCCGAAUAUGACCAAUAUGGAAGCCCUCGCGAGGUCCGGGACGGUUUGGGAAAACUGCCGAGCUGCCUACGAAGAUAUUGUCAAACAUCUCGAAAGGCUCCGCGAGGAGAGAAGCGACGCCGAGAGAGCGCUGGCUUUGGACCACAAACCCAGGGAUCUCAGCUCGCACAAUGGUUCCUCAAACGGUCACAGCCCAGUCUUAAAUCUCUCAAAAACAGCGGGAAGCGGAAGUGUGGGCGAGCAAUCCGGAAGCGAGGCAGGCGCGUCGCACCGUUCUCAAGAUGACGAGGAGGAGGACGAUAAUCUAUCGGAGGACCUCGAGGAUGACAACGAAAAGGACGAAGAUUUGUCGGACGUGCCGGAGAAUUUGCCGUUGCCGGCACCGGGUUCGGAAAGUCCACCCCAGGCCCUCAACUACUCGCAGAUAGCCUCGGCGGCGGUCGCCGUGUCUCAGAGCGCCCAGGACCCCUCGGUCUCGAGUACGGAGACCCUGCUAAGGAAUAUCCAGGGCCUGCUCAAGGUCGCGGCCGACAACGCGAGGCAGCAGGAGAGGCAAAUCAACUACGAGAAAGCCGAGCUGAAAAUGGAUGUUCUACGGGAGCGGGAGGUCAAGGACAGCCUGGAGCGGCAGUUGCAAGACGAGCAGAAGGUGCGAGUGGUUUAUCAGAAACGGUUAAAGAAGGAACGGAGAGCGAGGAAACGGCUGCAGGAGCAAUUGGACUUGGAGAUCAAGAGGCGCACACAAUUGGAAGAGGCUCUCAAAGCUACGGGAGCAUCCUCGGAACAAGUCAGAGCGAUCACCGAAAACGUCACGGCGGAAGCGCGCACGAGUUCGGAAGCGCCGGAGGGUAGCCCGGUGCAUUCCCAGUCGCAACAGCAGCCCUCGCAGCAACAGCCGUCGCAGCAACCCCUUCAGCAGCAGCAAACAGCGGCCCAGCAAUACCGGGAGGCGCAAGUGCCGCGUCCGUCUCAGCAGCCAUCGACGCCGGAGAAGCCCGCAUGGGGAUACGGGCUGGAUCUCAUCGGUAGCCAGGCGUCGGCUUUCUGGCAAAACUACCAAGAAUCACUGGUGCAGGAACUCGAGCUGGAAAGAAAAUCGCGGCAGCACCAAGCGGCCGAGAGGGACCAAGUCAAGUCUCCUCUUCAAGAAUCGCGAACGGGUUACUACAAGAACUCCGUUUUGUUUACGAGCGCGACCUAGAAGAGGCCGGACGAGGGCAGGCGAGGGCAGCAGGCAGAACGUGCAGCGAGCAGCCGAAGCGAGUGAUCGAUCGAACGACGAAAGGGAAGUGAGGAUUCGAGAGGCUACGAGAGAGAUGAGCGAAUCUACGCAACGAGAAAAUCUUCGCAGGAAGAACCGUGACGGGAGACCGCGACAGGAAACCCGCGCGGGAGACGAUUCGUAACUUCCGAUGUGAUGACUCGCGCGAGUGUCAACAGUGCGAAGUGUCAAGAAUGCCGAGUAUCGAGAGGCUACGAGAGUAUCUUACAUCGUCGGAAGACGCGUAAGUUUUUCUGAACAGGAUUACGCGAACGUGAUCGAUGAGCGAUAAGCAAACAAUAAGCGACCGCUUUCGCACACCUUGUAUAGAGCUACGAUUAGCAGCGUUCGACCGACGGUCGAAAGGGACACUCGAGAAUUAAGCGGGGCCCCUCGAACCGAGAUUGGUCCGGCAAAAAUUCGCGAUUAACGAUAAGAAGGACGCGGACCGAUCGCACACAUAUCAUCAACGGACGCGAUAUUUUCGCCACGCUACCUGCGACUCCCCGAUUCGCGUUCGCGGUGAUCGUGGAAUCGCGCCGUUCGUUUGAUUGACGACAAAAAAAUAGAGAUAUUCUCUCUAAAUGUACGUAUCAUCGAUUAUACCCGUGAAUGAUGACCGAACACAUCAUUUUGUCUCGUACCGAGACGAUCGCGGAUCGUAGGCGAGACAGUAAGAGAAAGCGAGAGUGAAGAGAGAGAGAGAGAGAGAGAGAGAGAGAGAGAGAGAGAGAUUAACAGAACGAGAGAAUGAGAGAAGCAGAUGAGAGGGAGAGAAAAGAGGCAUAUUUCUAAAGACUGCUGGAGAGUGCGUGCGCGCGUGCAUGCGUUCCUAGAGGUACCUAUCUCCUAAUUAUCGAGCGAAUUAAUUAGCUAAUCGUUUUUAAGAGAUUCCGGGCGAUCGGGCGCGCCGUGUCGCAGUUGCGCGCAUCGCGAGGCGCGCGCCGAUAUUUCGAGUAUUAUUAUCAUUAUUAAUAUUAUUAUACAUCGCGGCGACGCGGGGCCCAAUCCGAUCGCCAUUGCGAAACGAAUAGUCGAGUCGUGGAUCUGUUCGUCGCGAUAACCGGUUUCGAUAAUCGACGUCGGCUGAAGACGUCGCGCUUGUAUCGCGCUGAUCGAGGCGGAUAUCGCGAUGAUUUUCGAAAAUGCCGAUCUCUCGCCGGACGAAGGCGCGAAGACGUGCCGUCUUUUUGUAAAAUGCGCGUAAGAGCGCAAAGAGUAACGAAUAUCUCUUCUGGAUUCGGCACGGGACGUGAUUAGAACCGCGACUCGAGCGCUGUAUCAUAGAAAAACGAGAGAAAGGGAGAGAGAGAGAGAGAGAGAGAAUGACGUGAUGAGAAAAUGAGCGAGUAAACGGGAGAGAGAAAGAACGAGCGAUAGGUAUAGAAAAAUCGCGAGGGAGAGAAAGAGGGGGAGAAAAUGAGAGCGGAAGAGAGCGAGAGAAAGAAAGAGAAUGACGAAAACGGAAACACAACGGAGGAUUCUCUCCUAGCGUCUUAUAAAUCGUAACAACACCUUAUUUAUAUAAAUAACUUAGUUACUACCGAAACAAGUAAGUCUAAUCCAUAUUGCGUGUGUCCCGCGUUUGCGUUGACCGCCCGAAGAUCCGGCGAAAUAUCUCUUGGCACGAUGAUCCUCGUGUGCGGUGAUGUAGAGAGAGAGAGAGAGAGAGAGAGAGAAAAAAAGAAAAGUUAACGGGAGAGAGAAAAAAAGAUAUUUCGAUAGAUUGGGCGAACGCGCCGAAUGCACUAGGAAAAAGACUGAGGAUAUUUCCCCGGAGGGAGGCGGUCCCCGUAUUUAAGAUCCAUGUACAAAGUCUUUUGCCGUAAGGUUCUUGUGUUGUAAAGUUCACAUAAUCAUAGUGUCUAGUAUCGUACCAGCUAAAGCCCGUUAAGACGAUGCUAAACGUAGAGAAACGAAAAUUUAACCACCGAUAGCUGAUCCGUAUUUGCCAUCGCCGCUACCGAUUAAAGAAGGGAAGGAAAUCAAGAGGUUUGGCGCGUUCACAUAGCGUUCUUCACGAUCAAGAAUCGCUUGAUUGUCGCAGCAACGACAACUUUGCCGAUACCAAAUAGUACAAAUUAAAUUUCGUGGACAGAGAGCAAUCGAUCGAACCUGUUUCUCAGCCAGACGAAGCAACAUCCGACGGCUAUCGGGCCGAUCACGCGCAAACCAUCACUGUAGAUAUUUAAGACUCAAAAAGGAAAAAAAUGACGAAAAUUUUGUCUCCAAAAUCGUUUGGUUUUUCGGCUCGACAAACUGAGAUAAUUGCCGUAUGGCGAUUCUUAAUCGAGGAGGAACGUUAUUAGAUUGAAAAUGAUAAUAAAAGAUGAAGUGUGUGAACAAGGGAAGAGCGUGACGGGGCGGGGGUUAGGUGGGAAGGGGGAAGGGGGGAAGAGGAAAACACCGUCGUCGCCACUGCGAGUCACGGCGACUAGCGACGCCGAUUUCUCGACCGGACUUAUACAAUCUAGUAUCUCGAGGCAAGAAGUGUAUUCAUUGUAAUUCAGCAUUAUUACCUAUAAAUAAAUAGUUGUUAUUGUAA